AUGUUUUUGGGAGUUUUCACACUCCUUUGCUCAGGAUUUUCAUUCUCAUCAUUGUUUGCUGUUCCUGGUGUAUGUUCGAGAAGUUUUGAAGGACUGAUUAAACAGUCAAAUGGAAACAUUAGUUUAAUAUUGGCAAGUGCUGUCCUUUUAAUUGGGAUUUAUCUAUUCUUUUCUGGGGUUGGAUUAAUUAAUUUGUCUGGAUGUUUAAUAAGGUUGGGGAUGCCAUCCGACUAUCCAAAUGCUGUGGCAAGAGCAUUUAUGUAUUCACAGUUCAGAACUGAUUCAAAUUGUUUAAAAACAGAGCUUAGAGAUGCAAAUGUAUUUUUUGGUAUAAACUCAGGUUUUGGCAGCAAAAAUGUGAAUAAGAAUACUGACUUAAAUUACGUUAUUGACUCCCACUAUAAUACACAUAUUUUAACUUUAGAUGGCGAACAUAAAAAAAGAUUCAAGAUGGCAAUGCGGACAACUAAAGCAAGAACAGUAUUAGCAAUAGUAAGUAUAAUGGUGAUAAUAUGUGCUUCUUAUGCCUCGUUUGUUAUUUUUGAAGGGUCUCAAAUAUUUCUGGAAUCAAAUAGUAUAAUUUUGAGUGAAAAAGUUUCAGGUUUAUUGGGAUCUAAAUCAGAAUUUGGAAAUAUAUUAUUACUUUUAUUAAUUACAGCGAUUUCAACCGUAAUUCUUAAUUUUUUUACAGGUGGGGCGUUUGUUUUGUGUAUAUUUUCUUGGUUAAAUUUUUUUGGUUUAUUAUUUUUUUGCAUUAUUUCUAUCUAUCUUAUCAAUUCUCCCUAUAAAAGUACUUUAUCUUUCAGUGAAUUUGAGAGUAAAAACAUUCAAUUUGACUGGGAUGUACAUAUUUGGGGAUUUUUUGGCGGAAUUCUGGAGAUAGGAACUUUUGUGAUUUCUGCUAUGGCUUUUCAUAUAAUUUUGCCAGGCGCAUUCAAAACUUUUUCUGAUUAUGAAGUAAAAUCUUCCAGGAUAUGGGGAAUUACAAUAUCUUUGAUUUUGUUUAUUUUUUUAUGCGAGACAUCGGUGAUUUUGAGCAUAGUUCCUUCAUUUCCAAUUUUACCUUAUGGAUUUGAGCCAAGUAGUGAAGGAAUUGGCAUGGCUUGGAGGAUUUUGGAAUCAAAAAUGAACUCGAACAAAUUUUUUGUAUCUAAUUUCUCGAAACGUAUUUUUCUAUUGGGUAACUUCUUCACUUGGACUCUUUUCGUCUCAAUAGUUGUAAAAUGCAUAGAUAAUAUUAUUAGAAGUAUUUCAAACCAGGUUGAAUGCGACUUUGACUCGUUUUCUCCCAACAAAAACUCUUUAAUCAGAAGGUAUUUUUUAAGAUCUGCAAAACAACAAAUUUGUGGCGAGGAAGCACAUUCCAAAGGAAAUAAACGUGAAUAUUUAUCCAAUGAUCAAUUGGAGGCAAACAAAACAUUUUUUCAAUGCUUUGUUAAAGAUCUAAAAACGUUCACAAGUAGAAAUAACUUAUUGGACUUGGCGAGAUAUAUUUUGAAUUCUACUUCAGCAAUUGGAAUAAUAUUUAUUUUGUAUUACAAAUUAUUAUCUGAACCACAACUAAUUCCUAUUUUCAGAUCAGUAUCUGCCUCAAUAUUUUCUAUUGUAGUUUUGAUUUUACCUUGUGCAAUAUUUUGGUUUGUAUUCUAUUCUGAAAUGGUUCCUCGAUCAACCUCUAAUUUUCAAGUUAUGAAUUUAAUAUUUUUUGGCAGAAUUUCUUCAAGAUAUGAUAGAAAUUGUGAGAAACACAGGGACAGGCUUGCUCUAAAUAAUGAGAACUGCGAUAUCUCAUGCAACCCUCUUACUUUCGGAUUUUUCUCAAUUACUCUUCCUGUUACACUAGGCUGUACAAUUUUGGUGUACGAAAUAUCAAAGAUUUUUUCAAUGUUCUUAAGUUUAAGAUUUAAUACUUUACUUUAG